UUUAUGCCUGUACUUCUGUUUACAUGUAUACGUCACGUUGAAACGGAAGUGACGCUCUAGUACAAAACACCAGAAGGGAAGUUCGUUUAGCGCGCCAAAUAUAUUGUGCAGCUUCUUUGGAUAAUACAGGUUGGCUUUGAAUAUUACGAAGUAAUAUAUUAGCUGAUACUGUUCUGAAAGUAAUCAGGACAUUUGAGAAAGAAGACAGAAGCAGGAUGGCAGUACCAUUUGUGCAGGACUGGGAUCUGAUCCAGACACUGGGAGAAGGAGCGUAUGGGGAAGUGAGGCUGCUGGUGAAUAGACAGACAGGAGAGGCUGUAGCCGUGAAGGUUAUUGAUACCUCUCAGGCCAAGGAGUGCUCUGAGAACGUCAAGAAAGAGAUCUGUAUCAACAAGGUCCUGUCCCACUCUAACAUUGUGCGUUUCUUUGGCCAUCGGAAGGAGGGCCCGACUGUCUAUCUGUUCUUGGAGUACUGCAGCGGAGGGGAGUUGUUUGACAGGAUCGAGCCUGAUGUUGGGAUGCCAGAGACAGAAGCCCACAGGUUUUUCCAGCAGUUAUUAUCAGCUGUGGAGUAUCUUCAUAGUGUUGGCAUUACUCAUAGAGACAUCAAGCCAGAAAACAUUUUACUGGACGAUAAAGAUGACCUAAAGUUGUCAGACUUUGGUCUAGCAACGAUGUUCCGUCACCGCGGGCGAGAGCGACAUCUGACUAGGCUGUGUGGAACGCUGCCCUAUGUCGCUCCUGAGCUUCUCAGCCAAUCGGAGUUCUGCGCUCAACCAGCUGACAUCUGGGCCUGUGGGAUAGUCCUUACUGCCAUGUUGGCUGGAGAGUUGCCUUGGGACCAGCCUAGUGAGAGCUGCCAGGAGUAUUCUGAUUGGCUGCAGAAGAAGACCUAUCUCUCCCCCUGGAAAAAGAUUACACAUAGCCCCCUUAGUCUACUGGCUAAGCUACUUCAGCCUGUACCAGAAGAUCGUCUGACUAUCUCUGGUCUAAAGACAGAUCGUUGGUUCAGUCAAAGUCUCAGACAAUCACCCUCUCAUAACAAAUUACAAAGGAACAACAGUUAUGACAGAGUUCAGUUCUCCAGCUCCCAGCCUGACCUGGCCCUCGGAGGGUGUGUGUGGGAAGGAAGUGUGUGUGUUGGUGGGGUCGACCAGGUCAGCUUCUCCCAGCCGGCCAGACCAGACAACAUGCUGCUUUGCAGCCAACUACUGGGAACUCCGGGAGCCAGCCAGACGCCAUGGCAGCGAUUGGUUCGAAGGAUGACAAGGUUCUUUACGACUGUGGACUCAUCAGCUUCCUUCGCUGCUCUGAGACAGACCUGUAUCGACCUAGGGCACACCUUCAAACACACCUGCACCAAUCAGGUAACGGUCAGUACUCUGGACAGAAGGAACAACAAGUUGAUCUUUAAGGUCCAUAUAAUGGAACUGGACCAGAGAGUUUUACUGGACUUCAGGCUGUCUAAGGGCGAUGGCCUGGAGUUUAAGCGUCUCUUCCUGACGAUCAAACUGAAGCUAAGUGACAUAAUCAGCACACAGAAAAUACAACUUCCUGUCACCUGAUCAGUUGAUGAUCACAACACUGUGAGCGUGUGCGUGCGUGCGUUGGGUUUAGUUCUGAUAUUCUGUCAAGCUUACUGUUGUUGUUUUUAGUUUUGUGUGUAAAACAAUUUAAAUAAAGUUAUGAAAUAUC